AUCAUAGAUGUUAGAUACUGUAUAAAUACAUUCUUGAUGACUCUACUUUGAACUGCUUGUGUGUUGGGAGAGGACGAUCAACGGGCCACAAUUCAUUUUCUUAGAACUACUUUUUUAUAUUUGACUUCACUGCUUGUUCCUAAAAGAGUAAAUAUGCCGGCAAACAACACGAAGAAAUGUCUUGAGAGUUUGACCAGAGACGAAAUGAAAAAGAUUUGGAGGUCUGUUGAUUGUGUCUGUUUUGAUGUCGACAGCACUGUCGUGCAGGAAGAGGGCAUUGAUGAAUUAGCAGAUUUCUGUGGAGUCGGAGAAGCUGUUAAGCAAUGGACCCUGCAAGCCAUGGGAGGAAAUAUACGGUUUAGGACAGCACUUGAAACCCGUCUAAAUAUGUGCAGCCCUACCUUAGAGCAGCUUGAACGCUGUAAAAAAGAACGUCCUCUGACUUUAACUGAAGGAGUAAGAGAUUUAAUCGCAUAUUUACACAUGGAGAAGAUUCCUGUAUUCUUGAUCAGUGGUGGUUUUAGGCAAUUAAAUGUACCUUUGGCCCAUCGUCUUAACAUUCCUUCUGAGAAUGUGUUCUCUGUGGAACUUUUAUUUGAUAGUGAUGGUCGAUAUCAUGGCUUCAAUAAAAACAAUCCUACUUCUGAUUCUGGAGGUAAAACAAAAAUUGUACAGCGUCUUAAAGACAAGUAUGGUUUCAAAAGAUUGGUCAUGAUUGGGGAUGGAGCAACUGAUAUGGAAACAUGUCCACCAGCUGAUGGUUUUAUAGGAUUUGGUGGAAAUGUUGUUCGAGAAAAAGUUCGCGAUCAUUCGCCGUGGUUUGUCAACAGUUUUCACGAACUGCUCAACGAAUUAAAAGUUGCUAAUUGAAUUGUCCACUCAAUGGUCCAUAGAAUUUUUAUGACGUUCGUUUUUGAAUCAAAAUUUCCGGAUAACUUUUAUCACACCUUAUGGAGAUGCCGUCUAUAAAUACUUAUAUAAGUUUGAAAAUUGGUAAAUGUAUAUAUGUAUAUGUAAUGCAAUUAUCAUUAACGAACAACACACAUGGUCAGGGGAUUGCAUAGGUCGUUUCUCAACUUCAGAAGUAUACAUUAUAUAAAAAAAAAGUAAAUUAAUUUAUUCUUGCAAUUACGAAAUACUCAAUUACACUCAGAAAUGAA